AUGAAAUUGUAGAAAUCAGUGACAAAGCAAGAAUACAUACAAUACAACCGAAGUGAAGAGGUUGAUUUUCGUUUGUAUAUUUUUCGGUGAAUAAAUUGUUAAACAAAUUAAAAUUAAUCAAAAAUGGUGCUGGAAAGUACUAUGAUAUGCUUCGAUAACAGUGACUAUCAAAGAAAUGGUGACUAUUUUCCAACUCGAUUGAAUGUUCAGAAAGACGGCAUUAAUUUGAUUGGUAUGACCAAAAUUCGAUCAAAUCCCGAAAAUAAUGUUGGCCUCCUAACAUACGCAGAUUCGGUUGAGGUUUUGGCAACACUAACCAGUGAUGUUGGUCGAAUUUUAUCAAAGAUGCAUUUGGUGCAACCAAAAGGAAAUAUUAAUUUUAUCACCGGAGUUCGCAUUGCACAUUUAGUGCUAAAACAUCGACAAGGAAAAAAUCAUAAAAUGCGCAUUGUGGCAUUUGUUGGCUCACCAAUAUCGAGCGACGAAGGUGAUCUCGUAAAAUUGGCAAAAAAAUUGAAAAAAGAAAAAGUGAAUGUAGACAUUGUUAGUUUUGGCGAUCAUUCAGGAAAUAAUGAUGUUCUGACGGCUUUUGUCAAUACAUUGAAUGGCAAAGAUGGAACCGGUUCGCAUUUAAUUAGUGUUCCACGUGGCUCUGUAUUGUCGGAAGCAUUAAUUUCAUCGCCAAUCAUUCAGGGUGAAGAUGGUCAAGGUGCGGCCAAUUUGGGCGGUGCUGGUUUCGAGUUUGGAUUUGAUCCCAACGAAGAUCCGGAAUUGGCUUUGGCAUUGCGUGUUUCGAUGGAAGAACAGCGUCAACGUCAAGAAGAUGAACAGCGUCGAGCAUUGGCUGAAUCGGAUUCGAGCGCUGUGAGCGCUGUAUCAUUGGCCGGUGGCACAACUGCAUCAGCAUCGGUUGAACCAAAUUCAGAAGAGGCAAUGUUACAACGUGCCCUGGCCCUUUCAACUGAGACUCCGGUAAAAAGAUCUCGUGAUGCGGAUGAAGGUAUGCCUGAUUUUGCCAAUAUGACCGAAGAAGAACAAAUCGCAUUUGCAAUGCAAAUGUCAAUGCAAGAUCAUGCCGAAGAAGUUCCAACGCAACAAGCCAAGCGCCCAAAACAGGAAGAACAACCGAUGGAGGUUGAUGAAGUGAUUAGCGAUCCGGAAUUUUUACAAAGCGUUUUAGAAAAUUUGCCUGGUGUUGAUCCACAAUCGGAAACCAUUCGUGAUGCGGUCGGUUCAUUGAACAAAGACAAAAAACCAUCAAACAAGGACUCUUCAAAUGAUAAAUAAAAUACAAAAAUAGCGUGUCCUUUUUCGAUGUAUCUACAUUUUAUUUUUCUCCAUUUCGAUCGUAUUAUCUGCGUCAUGUACUAAUGGUUUAAAUAAUACAAUUACAUUAUGCUUCACACCGAAAAUUUAUACAUUCAAAAUGAAA